CCACAUAUAAAUGUUCUGGAUGGGGAAGGUGGGUAAUAACGUUUUCCUCCCCUGCUGGCCUUUGUCUCCAAUUAGCCACCACUCAAAGACACAUCUUUCGCUGCAGUGCUGAUCAGAGGAUAUGGGAAGGGAUACGUGACUGAUUUUUAGCAUCUCAGCCCACCCAAGGGUGGAUGAGCUCUCUCUCCACUCCCUGUCAGAGGAAUCCCUGGCAUGUGAGAAUGGAGUGGGUCCUAGGGAAGAGGUUUUGAAGAGGACACAGCUUCUUUGCUUCCCUCCUUUUAGGAGGGGGAUAGGAAGUGGGUUCAUGUUCCCACUCCCUAACAAAGGCAACUGAGCAGUACAAAUUGCCUCCUGGGAAAUGUCGGCAGCAAAACAGCAGAGGGUACUGCAGGGCCAGCUUGUUUUGGCAGAGCUGCAGGGGAGGGCUGUGCACACCAGCCCGGCUCUCCCAGACGCAGACUGCAAUAGCAGGGAGACAACGCAGCCGUGCACGGGCUGAGUUUUGCUGGUGGGUGAAGAGCUGCAGAGCUGUGUGCUGAGCCUGACAGAUAGUGAUGUAUGCAAAUGUCAAGUGAGGAAAACAUGCUUUACUUCCUAAAACUGUGCAUCCUGCUAUGUUGACAUGGCACACCGGAUCCCAGAAAGCGAAGCAGUUUGUUAAAUGCCAGGAGUUAGAACCUCUGUCUGGGAUUUCCUGUGGCAUGCGGAGCAUCACAGCCAUCUGGGAAGAAGAUGGAGACCUGCCGUGUUUGCUUCCUUCUGCACUCGUCCUCUGUGCUGCUCCAGCCCAGAGGAUGCUGGUUGCUGUGCAUUUGUGUCCCCCAUAGGAACUGGAGUGAAGCCAGCACUACCUGGCAGCCACUGGGAUUGCCUUAAUAGAACAGGCCAGCUCUUCUUGCCUGAGCCUCAGCAACCUGAUGUCUUGAGGUAAUGCCUCGGAGGAAGCGCAGGACACCUCAAUUGGAGAGAGCUGCACUAAUGUACCAGCAAGGGAUGUCUUCUCCUACUAGCCUCUGCUCGCUUAGUCUUUUCAGCUUCUUCCCCACACCUUGGGACAGCAAAACUGGUGACGUGCAAGGAAGAGGUGCUGGAUACUCCUUGACUCUGAGUGAUCUCACUGCUCCAGAAAGACAUUAACUGAGCCUUGAAAAUAAAAAUACCCUGGGCACAAUUAGAUGCUCUUGGGGGGUGUCUGCAGCCUCAGUUCACCCUCAUGAAGAAUGGCUGACAGUGAGCACAAGAUUGUCCUUUACAGCUUUGAACAAGGGAACUCAAGGCCCUCCAUGGUAGGGUCACCACACAGAUGGCUGCCCAGGAGUCGGGCUGUGGCAGGAUGAAGAUGAGACGCCAUAAGCUCUUUCUGACUCUCUGCAUGGCUGGUCUCUGCCUCAUCUCCUUCUUGCACUUCCUGAAGGCCCUUUCCUAUGUCACCUUCCCCCGGGACCUGGCUUCACUUAGUCCCAACCUUGUCUCCAGCUUCUUCUGGAACAAUGCCCCUGUCACGCCACAGGUUAGCCCUGAGCCAGGGGGCGCAGAGCUCCUCCGCACACCCCUGUACUCCCACUCGCCCUUGCUCCAGCCCCUGCCUCCCAGCAGAGCCAGCGAAGAGCUGCACAAAGCCAACUUUGUGCUGCCGGAAGACACGACAGAAUAUUUUGUCCGCACCAAAGCCGGCGGCGUCUGCUUUAAACCAGGCACCAAGGUGUUGGAGAAGCCACCCACGGGAGGGCGGCCAGAGGAGCGAGCGGAUGGCGCGGCCUCGGGGCGGCCCGCUCGCAAGCCGCUAAGCUCCCAGACCAAGCGGCGCAAGUGGGUGGAGUGUAUGUGCUUGCCGGGCUGGCACGGCCCCAGCUGUGGCGUUCCCACCGUGGUCCAGUACUCCAACCUGCCCACCAAGGACCGCCUGGUGCCACGGGAGACCCCCCGGCGGGUCAUCAACGCUAUCAACAUCAACCAUGAGUUUGACCUACUGGAUGUCCGCUUCCACGAGCUGGGAGACGUGGUGGACGUCUUUGUGGUGUGCGAGUCGAACUUCACGGCCUACGGAGAGCCGCGGCCCCUCAAGUUCCGCGAGAUGCUCCUCAAUGGCUCCUACGACUACAUCCGCCACAAGGUGCUCUACGUCUUCCUGGACCACUUCCCUGCCGGCGGUCGCCAGGACGGCUGGAUCGCUGAUGAUUACCUGCGCACCUUUCUCACCCGGGACGGCGUCUCUCGCCUCCGCAACCUGCGCCCGGACGAUGUCUUCAUCAUCGAUGAUGCCGAUGAGAUCCCGGCCCGUGACGGUGUCCUCUUCCUCAAGCUCUAUGAUGGCUGGACGGAGCCCUUUGCCUUUCACAUGCGCAAGUCGCUCUACGGCUUCUUCUGGAAGCAACCAGGCACCUUGGAGGUGGUCUCAGGCUGCACUAUGGGGAUGCUGCAGGCUGUCUACGCUACUGACGGCAUCCGUCUGCGGCGCCGCGAAUACUACACCAUGCCUGGCUUUCGGCAGUAUGAGAACAGUACAGGACACAUCCUGGUGCAGUGGUCGCUGGGCAGCCCCCUCCACUUUGCUGGCUGGCACUGCUCCUGGUGUUUCACCCCAGAGGGGAUCUACUUCAAACUGGUGUCAGCCCAGAAUGGGGACUUCCCCCGCUGGGGUGACUAUGAGGAUAAACGAGACCUCAAUUAUAUCCGGGAGCUGAUCCGAACUGGUGGGUGGUUUGAUGGUACUACGCAGGAGUAUCCCCCUGCUGACCCCAAGGAGCAUAUGUAUGCUCCCAAGUAUCUGCUCAAGAACUACCAGCGAUUCCACUACUUGUUGGAGAACCCAUACCGAAAAGCGGAGGGGGCUGGGUGAGACUACUGGGACUCGUGGGAGAUUAGAACUUUUACAACAAAGGGAAAGAGUCGGGUGUUUUUGUCUGUUUCUUUUUUUUGAUUCCAGGUGGGGUGUGCUGUUUCUCCAUGGUCUGCUCUCCCUUCCUCCCUUCUCCCUGGGUAAUGCCUGGGGACACAAAUUCCUCGGUCAGCUGAAGGGAGGCCUGGGCAGGAGGAGGGAGAGGUGCAGGACCUACCCUGACAGUAGCAUAAAGACUUCCCUGCAUCUCCUGGACCCUUCCUGCUGGCUGGGGGGAAUCUCUGCAUCCAGCUGGUGGGUUUUCCUCCAGGGGGGGCUGGGAAGGUCUGCUGGGGAGAGAGGGCAGCUGUUCCCAUCCAUCCUUGUUUGUUGUGGAUCGGAGCAAGCACAGAUGUGAGUCUGGGCUGUUCAGUGAGUGUGUGAGUCAGCAGGCACAAACUGAUGUGAGUGGUCAUGUGUGUAGAUGCGUGUCACAGGCAUUUUUUUGGAUGAGUGAAUGUGCAAAAGCAUCUCAAUAUGCAUUUAUUUUUUUAUAUACCUCUAUAUUCAGAGUACUUGGGGGAAAGUAAAACCUUUGCUUCCAAGGUAUUCUCCCCAGUACACAGCCUCCUCCCACAAACUUAAUGCGUCUGUCCUGGGCUGUGUCUUGGCCUGAUGCUUUACCAGUCCUGGAGCAAGCAGAUGGGAAGCAGAGGAGAAAGCUGAACCUUUUUUUUUUUUUUUUUAAACUCCUUUUUCACCCCUGCCCACUCAACACUGCACUGGCUUGGCCCACAGGAGCUGAAGCAUCUUCCCUGCUGUAUGUGCUUCUUUCAGGGCUGGGAUAAGCUGCAGGGGAUUAAAUCAGAUGGUGGGAGUGUAUGUUUACAAGUGCAUGGUUUCCUAUGUGCAUGAGUGCUAACAUGCAUGGUUUUGGUAUGCACGUGGGUGUUUGUUACCAGUUUUGGGAGGGAAGGGGGCAUAGGUUGGGCUUGGGUGUGUAUGUUUUCAGGAAAUGGUGAGAUCCAUAAGCUGUGAUCUGUCUUGGCAUGGAUGACAUUUUGGGGAAUACAUAGGAGAGGUUCAGGGAGAGCAUCGUCUCCGCAUAGCAGAGUGUGACACGCAGAAUUGUUGUGUGCCUCUUUAGCUGCCUCUGUAGCCUGUUGCAGGGCUGCUGUUUACACACGCUGGCUAUCUCUUCUUGCCACAGGGGAAAGGAGAGGAGAAGGGCAAAGCUGAGUCAACAAUGGGUGUUGUGGGGAAACACAAAGCAUGUCAAAGCAUGGGACCCAUCUGCCUGCUCUUAAGUUGUGAGGGAACUCAUGGAGAAAGGGGCCAUGGGAAAACUCCCCCUGGGGCCAAAAAACUGUUCUGGGAUGAUCACGUAAUCCAGAGAGCAUGUGCAGCCCUCACUUCCAGGCUGGGCCAUUCAAAUGAGAGGGGAUGUAGGAUGAUGUUACUUGCAGCUGGUGGGCCCGUGUCCACACAGAGCUUGCCACUGAAGGGUCUGGCCUGUCGCUGUAUUGGAUUGAUUCAGCUCAUUGAGGAGGCAGAUUGGCGUUUCCACCCUUACCACCCUUCCUUAGCAGAUGGCUUGACAUGGUGCCCAGAGCCUGGUCUGCGGUGGGAAGAGGGUGAAAAACAUGAACGUGCUCUGUUAGCCUUACAGUGGAAAUAUUGGCUCAUCUUCCAAGCAAAGAAGUGAGGAUUGUGUGGAGGAGGAGAAUGUCAUCAUAAGGAUGAAUGACCCUGACAUCAGGACAGCUGUGCUGAAGCAGGAGAGUUUCCAUUGCCAUUAAUUCACUCCAUCAGGGCUGUAUUUUCUUGUUGUCCAGUCUGUUCCAUCCCGUGUGCUUAAAUCCCAUCUUUGCAUCUCUCUCCCUUCUAUUCCCUUCUCUAGAGAAGGGAAAAACAUGUGCAAAAAUAUCUUGAUUCCCUAAGAAGACUGAGACUGGAACAGCAAGAUGAUGAGCAUCUUUUUCUGAUCAAACUGAGGCAGAGUUCGUCUUAGUUUCUUCCCCAUCUCAUGUGCCAUAAUGCCUCUAGAAGAACUGAGGGACCCUCUUUUCAUUUGCUGGGUUUUUAAUAUAACUGCUCUCACUUCUGGCGAGUGUCUAAUCUUCUGCACCUCCCAAUCUUCUACAGUAGGAGCAGCCUCUCCCUUAGUACCAGCCCUUCCUGUGUACACGGACUCCUUGGGGACUUUUUAGUGCAUUGCAAGUCACAUUUUCAUCGCUGGGGUAAGGCCUUUUGUCUGUUAGGAGCAUCAGACAAGCCCACAGCUGCAAUAUCUGGAUCUCCUGUUCCCAAGGUACUGCCUGUUCCCCUCCUUCCCCUCUCCUCCACUAUUUGCUCCAUCAUUCCCCUUCUGAGGGAAGAGAAGGUCCUGCUGGAGCGGGGUGAGAGCAGCGCUGAAGCUCUUCUGCAUGACUCUGGCCCUGUGCACCCCCUGGACUUCUUCACUUCCUUAUUCUUAGGAAAUUAAAUUUAAAACAGGCUUCUGUUGUGGAGGGAGGAAGGGACUUUACAGCUGAGAUGCAUUCUUUUUUUUUUUCUCUUUCUCAAGAAUUGUUUAAACAUUUUUUGAUUUAAGGCCAACCCAGUUAAUGUUCCUGUUGUUUCUGCAAUCUCUGUUUAUUAUCCUUAGGGAGUUAAAGUGCUUGGGAUUAAAAAUCCUCCGUCGCAUCCCUUGAGGGAUGGGGACUAGCGAGCUGACUUUUGCACAGCGAUUUCCCAAGGUGGUGGCUUGCCCUCUGCGCAACUUUGCCCGGAGCAUUGCAUGGGCUCUGCUGGUGUGCAGGGCAGCCAACGAGCCUGAACCAGGCACUGAAGUUUGAGAAGGGAAGGACUGAAAAAUCCCGGCCUUCCUCGGAGCUGGUUGUUAUAGCCAGCUGCCAGAAAGGGAUGGGCAGAAGAAACGAGGUGGUUUUGUGCCUGUGUGGUUGGUAGGAAGGACAGACACGCUCGAGUCCGGUCUUGCUGUUGCUUUCUCUGAUCCUUGUGUCCUGCUGAGGUGUUUGCUGUUGCGCGGCCUGUUCUUCGUGCCUCUGUGGCGGAUAAACGAAGGGGACCUCGUGGCCUCCGGGUAAUGCACGAGUCAGGCUGGGGGAAGUGUUAGUGCAGAACGGGUAUUGGUUCCCCCAGUGACUCUUUCUGGUGUCCUUGUGGGAUGGCGGUGUCUUCUCCCCUCCCAAAUGCCCCCCCUGGGCUCUGUCCCUGUCCCACUGCUCCUGCCAGCAACCUCCGUGGCUGCUACGCCUCUGCACUGUGAAGCCCCGUGUCUGGAGUCACUCCUGGUCCUGUUAGUGAACACUGGUGGUGAAGAGGGGAGGGAUAGCUUGUCCUGGCUGACCUCAAGCCUUGGUGAAAAAAAAAGGAGGGAAGUGAGGGGUAGAAUGGAUCCUGAAUCCCUCCGUUGUUGUGUUUACCCCACCCACCAAAAAAAAAAAAAUUACAUUUAUAUAUACAUCCCUUCUGAUUUCUGAGGCAUUGGACAAACUUGCUCUUUUUACAGAAAGAGAGGGGGAGCUGGAGGUAAGGGGGGUUCAGGAGGGGCUCGAAUCCAGCAUCAAGAAAGGAGAGCUGUUUCUGAUGCAAUACACUGACAUUUAAGGCUUUGGGGACUACAGAUAAUGGUUUAAAAAGGGAACUGAAAUACUCUGAAACUGAGAAUUCAAACCACUGUUGUUUUUUUUCCUUCCUGUGAGGAGGAUGAUGCACUAUCAUCCUGGAGGUGGCCCAGCAGCACUCCCGAGGCUGGGGUCCACCUGGACCUACUGGUGGUGUUGCCACUGGGGUGGCCCCAGAACGCCCUGUUUUGGCAAAAGAACGCGUGGACUUGCCAAAAAAAAAAAAAAAAAAAAGUUAAGAGGAAAAAAAGAGCAUCUGCAAAGCUCCUUUCCACUCUGUAAUUUAUAAACAGCAAGUAAUAAUGAACUUUUUGUAAGGAUAAAUCAAAUGUACAUUCUGAAAUCAUUUUCUCUGUAAAUGGUUGGAUUUCAUUUCACCCUUAAAGGGAUGCUUAAAAGGAGGACAAAAUAAAAAUAAAAAUUAAAAAAAAAAAAGCAAAGUAUGAAAGGAAACCAAGGCAUGUAUGUGUGGCAGCUUUUAUUUCUGAUUGCAUGGCAGAGGAGGGGGGACACUGGAAAAUGGAGUGAGGGAGGUUGCUCCUCCUGCUCAACUUGUGUGCCCAAAUCAGACCUAUUCUUCUGCACGUCAGGUGAGUAUGAGCACCCACAGGGAUGCGAGUUGGGGAGCAGAGCAUCUGCCCAGUGCCUUUCCGGAGAGCUGGUGGCUGUGGGAGCCAGCAUCGCUCACAAAUGGUCCCUCACCACCAUCUCCUCCCCAUUGCAUCUUCCAAAUUAAGCUGUGGAAAUCUUGGCGCCCCAACCGAAACCUCCCCCCUGCAGAAAUGUUUCUCUGGUGGCUGACUUUCUGCACGGUGUGCGUGACCUCCUUGUUUUAGCUUAUUUUUAAACCCACCUAAUGUAAUUUUGGCUGUUCCCAUUAUUCUGUAUCAAAGCCCAGUCCUGCCCUGAAUCCUCCUGAGCACCUGGCCUCAGCAGUAUCUUUGGCGAGGGCCAUUCACAAGCUCACGUGCAGUCUACAGCUACUUCAUUUUUGUGUGUUUUUAAGUGUCUUGUGCUUCAGAUUCAUUCCUGGUCCCAUUUAGAAGUAGCACCAAUAAACAUUAUAGGUUAGUUUCCUUAUAAUCCUUAGACUGAGCCCAUUCCCUCAUCUUUUUCUCUUCCAUGGCAGUCUGAUGCCUUCAAUGUCCCCCUUCUGGGAGACUUUCCAUCAAAGUAGAGUUUUGCUGUCCGCAAGCAAUGCCUUUCUUCUGCUGCUUCUGCCCCCCUUUCUGCAGCAAAGAGCCUGAAACGAACGUGCUACUCAAAAUUCACAAUUAAAAUUUCCUAUGAAGAAUUUAUAGCGUUCUUACUUGAUUGCCUUAUUUGUGCACUCUAAUAGGGCACAAUCUAAAAAUAGACGAUCCCUGAAAUGUCUGUGAACUUGCAGUUUUUCAAAAGGGGAAGAUAAGUCUGCAAUCCUGGGCCGGUGGCGAUGCAGCAAGACAGUUUAAGAAAUGAGGGUUGACUUGGUCAAAGGUUCUCACUUGUAUUCUUCUUGCCUUCAGUACCAAAUCUCUUACUGACAUUUAUAUUAUUUUAAGAAGCGAUGUAAAUGACAUUUCUUUGGUUUCCUACAAGGUUUUAAAAGAAGGCAUUGACAGAAAUCAAGACCUUUCUCCCCAGAAAGCACCGGUUUCUGCCGCGUGAGCUGGAAGAGCCUCCGUGAGCGAGGCAUUAACUCUUCCAUGAGCCGGUCUGCGGUGGGGACCCUUGUUUUGCAGGAGCAGGGCUGACGAUCGGCUGGGCACGGGGGCACGUGGCUCCCCCACAAGCCUUGUACACCCUCCUACAGAGUCAUCCCCCUGCAUCCCUCUGGACACGUGGAAAUGGGGUUGGAUACACGCCGCGUACACCCUGGUUAUGGAUACGCAGCCUGAAGUGCUGUAUCGAACCAGGAAUGUGCAGCGCACGUGAUGCUGAGCAAGCCCUGCGUGUUUUGCAGGAUUUCAGUGUCCUGACAGAUGUUGUACGGGGAGAGAGAUGCACCGUGGAGGGGCUCUGAUGUAGCCUGCCUGGAAAUGAACUGCUCCCCAAAUUCUCGCCACGUGUCAGGGAUGCCCAGCGCCUACGGCGGGCGCCGUGCAGAGCUGCUCGGUGGGGAGGCGUGCUGCGGCAGCCCCUCCGUCUGGCUGGCUCCCGAUCGAUGCCUGCAGCAGAGGUUUGCUGAUCGGGGGGACAGACAAGCUGUUUCUAAACACCAGGGUGCUUAGAAACAAAAUGACUUCAAUAUAAACUUACAGCAUCAUUGAAAGAGCUGGAAAGUCAGGAUACCAAUGCCUGGCUCGCUGGCUGUUUGUUUUUGUUGCUUGGAUACAUUUGUUCCCUGUGGAAGGGCAAAGCUUAAUACGCUGUUUAACAGGGACAGUUAAUUUUUAAUUAUUAGUCUGCUUUUUUUUUUUUUUUUUUUUCCUAAGCCUCGCUGCUUUAGCAGCUGAACUGGGUCCACAGCCGGGUCUCAUCAGCCAACCUUCAGCCGGGAGCAAGCUUUGCAGGGCUUUGCUCUGUCCCUGCAAAACAGUCUCCAAGGAGCUAAACAAAACUGUCCCGUCCAGGGAAAGGGCUCCGGGUCCCUGAAGCAAGAGGCUGACAUGAGGACCGUAAGCUGCUGGCGCUGGGGAGAGGAGAGGAGAGGAGCCUGGCUGCAGGCCAGGCUGCCACGGGCUUCGCCUUUGUGGCAUCUGCAGGGAGAAGCACAGCAGUGAAAGGGGAAAAGGAUCAGCCCCUUCCAGCAAAUGUUUGGGCCAUUACUGUAAGCAUCUCUGAGAGCCCCAAGCACAGACGUUUACUUGGAAUUGAGGAAAAUUGGGAAUCUUGACAUUUUGAACAUUUUUUUUUUUAAAGCAAAGUGAAGAGAGAGAAAUCUGUCCUUACUGUUGUUUGAAAUACAUUAUAGUUACAUAAAAAAAACGCAAAUCUUUCAAGGCCAUAUCACUCCUCGCCCUGCCAAAUGAAAUAAAAAAUAAAAACCCAUUGUUUUACUUCUGCUUAUGUUUCCUGUGCCUUAUGGCUUGAACCAUGAAUCUCUUGGCUGAAAUCCAUUCCAGUAACGAUUUAAUUUGGGAGCCACGCUUCACCUUUCUAAAAAUAAGGAAAACUGAGAAGAGCAACUAAGCUGUGACGAAUAAAGAUAUAAGAUAAUAUUCUCCAGGAUCUCAAAUUAGAGAAACUACGUUGCUCAGAGAAUGCAUAAAAUCAAACAUUACAAGCCCGCCUCGAUGCAGCAAGCUCUUUCCUGGCAUUUUAGCCCUAUUCUACAGUCUGGACCUUUUCCAAGGAGAGAGCAACAAAUCAUCAGUCAUAUCUUUUUUUCCCCAGACGCUAAGAACCAGGCACACAUGCAAAAAUAAAGGAA